CAUUGUUUGCACGUGAACUACCUGCGAAGUGGUGGCAAGUCUCCAGUGAUCACCCAUGGAUAGUGGGGUAGUGAUGCUUCUAGGGGAAAGUGGUGAUCUAGGGAAUUUUGUCUUAAGACUUUUUGAUUUUCACAGUAGCAUAGGUGGGUUGAAUUUACAGUACAUUCACCAUCCUGGGCAGUAACUUUACCUUGUGGGAACGUUGCAAGACAAGUUUCUCAUUUCUGCGGUGUUCAGUUUAUUUGUGGUUUGGGGUUUGUUUUUAAGAAUAGGAGUAAACCUGAAAUGUAGGUCUUAUUUUUAUUGUCUAGUUUUACCACAGUAAUACUGCUGAGGAAGAAAUUCAGUCUCCUCCAAAUGUGUGAAUCUUGGACAGAUAUGAAGCAGAGAAAGAGGAAGGUUUAAAAAAAUGCAUCAUUUUGACCAGCUGAAUGUAAUUCCGAUGUGAUCAGCUUUUUCAUUUCGUGUAACAAUUGUCCCAAGCGACAAGCCUAGAAAUGAGAGAACAAAGUUUGUUAGUCUUUUCCUUUUUGUGUUAAAUAUGCGUAAAUGUGGUGCUCAUUAACUGAAGAGUUGAUAGUAUUAAUCAAGGUUCUUUCCACAAUACGUGGCUGACAUCCGAUGAUGUUUAUAAGUAUUUCUGGGUCUUUUACACUUGUAAAUUUCUGCAAACAUUUACUUGAUCAGAUAGGUCCAGUACUGUAGAACCUCAAAGAUACAAACACCAGAGUUACUGACUGAAGGGUCACAGGUGCCUGUAUCUUAAAGGUAUUUCAUGUGUAUGUCUACCAGGAUUCAAGAUGGUUUCUAAUAAUGGUGGGCCUUCUGUUGUUUGUGAAAAAUGCCCAGAGAAUAUGAGUGGCGUUACUGAAGAUGGAUGGAAUUGUAUUACUUGUCCUAAAGGCUUAACUACAGAAGGAAAAUGUAAAUGCGCCAUUAAUGAAAUUUUAGUGGAAAGAGAUGUUAAUGGCAAGUUAUUGAAUGAAGCAUUGUGUAGACGCUGUGAUGCAAAUGAACCAUCAUUCUCUGCUUCAAAUGUCUUAGGAGAUAGGUGUAUAAGAUGUGAACAAACAUUCAUCAAUAUAAGCGAGUCUUGUGACUGUUCGGAGCCAAAUAUUUUGACAGGAGGGUUAUGCUUUAGUAACAGCAGAAAUUUCCCCUCAAAGCCAGUUGCAACUGUACGUUAUGGACAGCUAGGUAUAACAGUGGUAUCAGCAUGGUUUCUGAAAAACCUACAAGCAUCAGCAGCUGCUUGUUGGCUGUACUCCAAUCUAACAUCAUGCCAAGCGCUUGGAAAUAUGUGUGUGAUGAACAUGAACUCGUUAAGCUCCAUCACUAGUGAUGCAUGUGGUCUGUUUCAGUAUGUCUAUGCAAAUACAGCAGGGCUAGGCACCGUUCAUUCAGUGUCCUUCUGGAGACAGAAUCUUCCAUGGCUGUACUAUGGUGACCAGCCAGGAUUAGCAUCUCAAGUACUUGAUACAACCCAGUUCCCUACAAGCUUCAGUUUUAAAGGAACAAACAAGAAUAUAAAACUGCAGCUUAUCGCAGCUUCAUAUGAUGCAGAGGGAAACUUUCUUAAAUGGCAAAAUUUGGAAGGAGGUGUCUUGCAGCUUUGUCCUGACACGCUGACUAGACUGAAUGCGGCUUAUACUUUUGGAACAACUUAUCAACAAAGUUGUACAGUUUCUGUUUCCAAGAUGUUAUUGGAUUUUGCUACUCCAAUAUUUUAUGAUGUGUACCUUGAAUAUCAUGAUGAUGAUAGUGGACAGCAAUAUCUGUGGGCCGUGCCAGUUUUAAACUUAAAUCUUCAAUACAAUGAAAUGUCUGUGAAUCAAGGCAGCAAUAUGAACAAUUGGCUUUUGACUCGUCGGAUGUUUUUGGUGGAUAGUUUAAGUGGACAAGAGAAUGACUUGGGAAGACAACCAAGAAUAAUUCGAAUUGCUAGCAAAAUAACCAUCAGUAUUCGUCUUAUUCCCAAUACUCAGAGAGGAACUAUCUAUCCCCCUCUAAUUACCAUUUCCUACAAGGAUGUUCUUGUCCAAAACCCAGAUGCCCAGAGUAUAAUGGUUUCCUUCUCAGUUAAUUAUGAAAUGAACCAAUCAGAGGCUCAAAUUCAGACAAAGAUUGCAUUGGGUGUGCUUGGUGGACUGGCAGUUUUAUGGUCUCUUCUGAAGACUGCUGGCUGGAAGAGGCGGAUAGGGAGCCCUAUAAUUGACUUGCAGACAGUUUUGAAGUUCUUGCUGUUUUAUGCUGGAGACCUUGCCAAUGUUUUCUUUAUCAUCACAGUGGGAACAGGGCUUUACUGGCUUAUUUUCUUCAAAGCACAGCAGUUUGUCUCAGUUCUUUUACCACUUCCAUCUCAAGAAGAGGAUUUUGUUACAUUUGUAGGAUGUGCUUUCGCUCUAAAGGCUCUGCAAUUUUUGCAUAAGCUGUUUUCGCAACUUACUGUAGAGGUUUUCUUUAUUGACUGGGAGCGACCUAAAGGCAAAGUCCUUAAAGCCGUUGAAGGUGAGGGUGGCAUAAAAAGUGCUGCUGCACCUGUGAGCAUAUGGAGGACAUAUUUUAUAGCAAAUGAAUGGAAUGAAAUUCAGACUGUGAGGAAGAUAAAUCCACUCUUUCAAGUGCUUGCAGUUCUUUUCUUUUUGGAGGUUGUUGGAUUUUCACACCUGGCAUUAAUGGAUUCUUCUACAAGUCUUACAAGAAGCAGUGAGAGUUACAUAGCUCCCUGGAGUCGCAUUCUGAGAUUUGGUGUGUCUACUGUCCUCUGGCUAGUCAUUGCCAUGUUACAGAUCAUAUUCUUUGCUGUAUUUUAUGAGAGAUUUGUAGAAGAUAAAAUAAGACAAUUUGUUGAUUUGUGCUCUGUGAGCAAUAUUUCAGUGUUUCUCUUGUCACACAGAUGCUUUGGGUAUUAUAUCCAUGGUCGGUCUGUGCAUGGACAUGCAGAUACCAAUAUGGAAGAAAUGAAUAUGAACCUAAAGAGAGAAGCGGAAAAUUUGUGUAGUCAAAGAGGCUUAUUACCCAACACAGAUGGCCAGACAUUUCAGAUUUCCAUUUCAAACAAGAUGAGACAGCAGUAUGAUAGGAUUCAUGAAACCCUAAGAAGGAAACAUGGUCCUGCUAGACUUUUAGAUUCAUCUGCAACUACUUUUGAACAGAGUACUAAGGCAUACCAUACCAUGAACAAAUUUCUUGGCUCCUUUAUUGACCAUGUUCAUAAGGAUAUGGAUUAUAUUGUAAAGGACAAGUUGCUGCUUGAACGAAUUAUUGGCAUGGAGUUCAUGGAACCAAUGGAAAAAAGUAUCUUUUACAAUGAUGAAGGACAUUCUUUCAGUGAUGUUCUCUUUUAUGGCAAUGAGGCCACACUUCUCAUCUUCGAUAUACUGUUUUUCUCUGUUGUGGAUUUGGCUUCCCAAAGUUUUGUCCUAGCAGCCGUUCUUACAUAUUUGCAACAGGAGAUUUUUAGGUUUAUUCGUAAUACUGCUGGGCAGAAGAAUUUGGCAUCCAAAACCUUGGUGGAUGAAAGAUUUCUUAUUUAGUUGACUCAAAAGUUGAAAUACUUUGUAAAGGAGCUGAUCAUGGAAUGAAGCCGUCCUGAGCUACAGAUUAGUCUGCAGUGCUAUGUAAAUAUUAAUGUAAAUCUUUUGACUUUUUUCUUUUUAUUUCGUGUGCUAGAAAGUUUUGUUUUUGUAUAACUUUCAGAUGUUUGUGUUGUGAAUAGUAAACCAAAUGUCUUGAAACAAAUGGUACGUGACACCAAGUCAGUCAGAAAUCAAGCUGAGUGCUGUAAUUAACACAAGAUAAAAUCCAUUUAUUGCCUUCAGUGAGGGUAUAUGCCAUUUCUUUUUAGGAGAUAAUUUCAGGGCUUCUGUUGCUGACUGGGGUCAUAGUUUUCCUCAUAUAUACAUGUUUCCAAAAUAGCUUAAAGAAAUUAUCCCUUAUUUUCAGAAUUUACUAUGAAAUACAAUAUUCAUCAAAUGUAUUUCAGGUUCACCACAAAUGGGGAUCUGCCCUGAAUUCCUAACUACUAUUUAAACAAAUACUUAGAAGACCUUUGAGACUAAGUAGUUGAAUCUUUCUCACUUAUCUAAAACAACUUCAGUGUGAAAGUUUAAACUGUGUGAUUGCUGAUGUGGUUUGAUCCACAUUAGCCCACCCUUUGGGUUUGUCUAAUGUAUCAUUGGGGCAGUAUUGUUUUUUUUUUUUCUUUCUGCACUGAUUACACAUAACAGCACAUGUGUGGUUGAACGUUUGGUAGUCUCACAACCAUAGAGCUGUGUGGCCCAGUGAAUAGGGCAAAGGAUGGAGAUGCAGGAGGCCUUGAUUGUGUUCCUGAUCUUUUGUGGAAUUAAUGUUACCUUGAGCAGGUCACUUAACUGCUCUGUGCUUGUUUUCAUAGCCGUGAAAUUGGGGCACUGAUACUUAUCUUUUUGAACUGCUUUGAGAUGCUCUGUGGAUGGAAAGAACUGUGCAAGUGCCUAUUCUUAUAUUAUUGUUUUAAUAUAUUCCCCGAUUAUCCCAUUUUCUGACAUCAUUCCAUCAUAAUUUAACAUAGUGACCAUAUCCCACAUAAACUACUUCAGCCAUUGGAAUGUAAUCACCUGAAUAGUUGUUAAAAUGCUGCUUACUAAAGGUUCAGGGAGAUUUUCAAAGGCUAAAGGGGCAGGUGAGUGCCUAAUCCCCAAUUGUGCCUUUGAAAAGUCUCCCUGCCAGUAUGUUUUAAAAUAACAUUUUUUUUUUAGUAAAUGAUUACUCCACUGCAUGGUAUCACAGUUUCAUAGCCACGCUACUUGUCUCAAGAUAAUUCAGCAGGGAACAUGCAUCCGCAAAAAACAUAAAGAUCCGAGUUCAGAAAAGCAUCUCUAUUUAAGAAUAGCACUUAAGUAACAUUUAAGACAAUAGGACUUAAGCAGAUGUUUAAUUUUAAAUGUGCUUAUCUGACCCAGGGCCAACAUACCUCAUAGAGGUAUUCUAUUUGAGAUUCUUCUUACCUCAUAAAGAGGAAGACGGCUAUUAUGGUGCCAUAUCAUGUCUUUAAGCUGUGGUUACCAUAGAUUUAAGUCUCAAAGCCAUUACAGAUCCGGUAUGCUUACUUUUGGUUUGCAAAAACAAAUGCUGCUUGCUAAUUCAGAAUAGUUACCAUUAACUGGUAAAAUGUUCUCAAAAAGAAAAGGAGUACUUGUGGCACCUUAGAGACUAACAAAUUUAUUUGAGCAUAAGCUUGCGUGAGCUCACAGCUUAUGCUCAAAUACAUUUGUUUGUCUCUAAGGUGCCACAAGUACUCCUUUUCUUUUUGCGAAUACAGACUAACAUGGCUGCUACUCUGAAACCUGGUAAAAUGUUGUGACUCUCCUGAGGUCACGGUGGAGUUAGAUAGCAUAAUGUGAGGGCCUGACUUUCAGUGGGGCAUCCAUUUAUUCACAUGCAGCUUAUCACAAGACUGUAUCUCCAUACACACCUUCUGUGCACUAACACCUGUUCACACAGAUAACUGAUACUAACACUGUAUAUGUACGCACAGUACUUUGUUCAGGCAUGUUUUAUCGUAAAGAGUUUUCAGUACAAAAAUUCCAAUACCUGUGUGAACAAGUGUUAGUUGACAAAACUGUGUGUGCUGGUGUGGACAAAUUGGAGGCCAAAGCCUGGAAAUCAGCUACGGUAACUAGGGCUCACUGUUUGUUGUUAUUGUUGUUAUGAUAGCUUUAAAGCAUGGUUCUCCUCUGAAUAGUGGCUGUAUAAAUGACAUUGUAGUGUUCUGCGGUGGUGUCUCUCAAUUAUUUCUUUAUGAAAUGUGCACCAUUGAAAAGUAGAAAAAAAAUCUUUAUAACUUCCAACUCUGCAAACUGAGCCUUUUGCCAUCUUAUGCAUCAUGGCCAGUAAUAAAAAUUCUGCAAUCCAAAUUUAUGCCCUCAUGAGACCUGUGCAGCCCCAUUGCCUUGAAUGCCUUUGUACAUGUAUAACUUAGCAGAUCUUAAUAAACAAUUCUGUUGCUGAGGUACAAGAUGGUCUUGUACAAGAUGGUAGCUCACUGAGUCUUGACUAACGCAAGACUAACCACAGGCUAACAGGCGUGAAAAGCUCUAGGAACUAAUUUUUGUCACUAAAAUGAGCAAAUAGACCUUGAAUGCAUGCAGUGCAAAUCUGUUGUAUAAGAAAGUGCUGUUUUUAUGUAAAAAGAAAAGGAGUACUAGUGGCACCUUAGAGACUAACCAAUUUAUUUGAGCAUAAGCUUUCGUGAGCUAGAGCUCACUUCAUCGUAGGCAUCCGAUGAAGUGAGCUGUAGCUCACGAAAGCUUAUGCUCAGAUAAAUUGGUUAGUCUCUAAGGUACCACCAUGUACUCCUUUUCUUUUUGCGAAUACAGACUAACACAGCUGCUACUCUGAAACCUGUUUUUAUAUAGUCACUUUUCAGAGUAGAACCACUCUUUAAACAUACCUUCUCAAAAAUAUUUUGAUUUAUUGCUUACUGGAGUCAAUUCAAUUAUACCUCCUCUUAAUUUGUACUUAAUAAGCUUAAUCAAUUAAGAUUUAUUACACUAGUAUAGUCUGGAAAUAAUUCAGUGGGGAGGUACUGCAUAACAGUGUUUGUGUGUAUCACACAAUAGUCAUAACUCAGGUGCAUAAUGAAGCAUCUAAAAAGUAUGCUCUCACAGUGUUAAUUUGCUUACAAUAAAGUUAACUUUCUAUAUAAUUUCUGAAGUUCUGGUAUGUGUUAUAUUAUAAAUUUGGUUUGAAAAUUAGCCCUCCUUUUUAGCAUAUUUUUCACAAUUUCUACCACAUUUUAUAGUAAUUUUAGUAACUUUAGAUUUAAGAGAGUCAUUAGGUCCUAGUAGAACCAUCAAUACUGUCCUUGAAUGGAUGUGUUACCUAGCAUUUUUAUUUCUGUAAUUGGCUCUCAGUGACCAGGUUAAGGAGCUGUUCAAAGAAAACUUGCCUAUGUGAGGGGAUGGAUGGGGGGGUUCUAUCCACAGCUCAGUUUUGACCUAACAUCUCUCUUUAAAUAGGAAAUAAGCUUUUUCCCUUUCACUGUUCCUGAGUGGUCAGUUCCUCUGUGAAAAGCAGCUUCCACUCAUUCUUUGUUAAUUUUGAGAUUGAAUUCACAGCAGACACUGGUAACUUAAAUACCACUUUUGGUCCAGUAAAAGAUAUUACCUCAUCCACCUUGUCUCUCUAAUAUUAUGAAACCAACAUGGCUACAACAACACUGCAUACAACUUUUGGGCAGAGCACACAAAAGCUUUGGAAUCCUUACAGUUUGGAGGGAUUUCACUUGUUAAAAACAAAUUCUAAGUAAAUACAAAAAUGUUCUUUCCGAGUUAGUUAAAUAUCUCUCCUCCUGUGUAUUUUCUUUUUCUGGGCAUCUCGGUAAGAAAGAGGGUACUACAGCUACCAAGUUGAAAGAGCUCUGUGUAAGCUCAAAAGCUUCUCUGUCACCAACAGAAGUUGGUCCAAUAAAAGAUGUUACCUCACCCACUUUGUGUGGUUUCAGCUGAGAGAGACAGUUAUGAAAUAAUUGCAGAUGAUGAAACCUUCAUUAGACAGUUGAAUUUUUCUUUCAUACCUGCUUUAUAAUGGCUAUGUGAAAAGCAUCGGUUGCACUUGGUUCUCAUUUUGGUGGACAUUUGUUCAAGAAAUAACACUUUUUGAUUGAAUUUGCCAAUUACAUAUUUUUACUAAUUAAUUGUAGUGGAUCUUGUUUACAUUCAGUUAGUUGAUUUCUACUUUAUGCUUGUAAACGUUUUAUAAUAAAUCAUAUGAUAUUUCUAUCUUUC